AUGGCCGCGGAUCCGGCUCAUAACUUGAGGUGGUUUGCAACCCGAGAUGCAGGAUCUGUUGUGGAAGAAGCAGAGUUCAGUUGGGAUGAGUAUUUGGAAGAUACAGGAGCAACAGCAGCACCUCACAGCUCAUUUAGACAUGUGGAUACUAGCCCACAAAAUGGCUUUACACCAGGCAUGAAAUUAGAGGUUGCUAUCAAACCUGGCCCUGACACUUACUGGAUUGCCACAAUCAUUACCACUUGUGGGCAGUUACUACUUUUGCGAUAUGAUGGUUAUGGGGAAGAUCGCAAGGCUGAUUUCUGGUGUGAUAUCAUGACAGCUGAUUUGCAUCCACUUGGCUGGUGUGAGCAGAACAAGAAGACCCUCAAAUUACCUGAAGGCAUCAAGGAUAAAAUUCCCAACCAGGUAGAAUUCCUUCAGCAAACUCUGAAAGGAGCAUGUAGUGUCCCUGCCGGUCUUCUAGAAGGGCUCCAUCGAGGGAAAAAUCCUUUGGAUCUUAUUGCACCAGGGUCACGCCUCGAAUGUCAGCACCUGAAUGAUUAUCUAGGAGCUUGGAUAGUCAGUGUUCUGGAGAAUAUUGGUGGAAGGCUCAGGCUGCGCUAUGAAGGACUUGGAGAUAUAGAACAAUAUGACUUAUGGAUGUUCUAUUUAGAUCCCUUUCUCCAUCCAGUGGGCUGGACAACUCAGCAGGGGUAUAUCCUUGAACCUCCUUUAGGUAUUAGGCACUUGAAGACUGAGGCAGAAUGGCAAGAAAUCCUAGCAAAAAUAAAAGAAGAGGAAGAAGAAUCAUUAGUGCCCACUGAUCUGUUUAAGGACAAACCUGUUGUUGGAAUUCAUGCAUUUUCUGUAAACAUGAAGUUGGAAGCUGUUGAUCCAAAAGCUCCUUUUGCCAUAUCACCUGCUACAGUUACAAAGGUAUUCAAUGAUAAAUAUUUCUUGAUAGAAAUAGAUGAUUUGCGACCAGAUCGUACCACAAGUCAGCUUUUUAUUUGUCAUAUCAACAGUGCUGGACUUUUCCCUGUACAGUGGAGUCUAAAAAAUGGCUUACAUCUCAAUCCUCCACCCGGUUAUCCAGGGCAAGACUUUGACUGGGCAGACUAUCUUAAGCAGUGUGGAGCUGAGGCUGCUCCCCAAAGCUGUUUUCCUCUGUUAAAUUCUGAGCAUGGUUUUAAGGAGAACAUGAAGCUUGAGGCUGUGAACUCAGAAAACCCAGAAGAAAUCUGUGUGGCUACUAUCACAAAGGUGAAGGAUUCCUAUCUCUGGCUACAGCUGGAAAGUUCUAAAAUUCCAGUCCCUGAAUGCAUAGUGAGUGUGGAAUCCAUGAAUAUAUUUCCAGUAGGUUGGUGUGAAACUAAUGGAUACCAGCUUAGACCUCCUCGCAGAGCAGUAGUGAAUAAGGAAAAGAAAAUUGCAGUUGUUCAACCAGAGAAACAGAUAUUAUCUUCAAGGGCCGUCAGUGAGGGAUUAAAGACCCAGGAACAGAACUCAGCUGACACCAUUGUAACAAAUGGUAAAUACUGUUGCCCAAAGAUCUACUUUAACCACCGGUGCUUCUCAGGACCUUAUCUUAACAAAGGGAGAAUUGCAGAACUACCACAGUCUGUGGGACCUGGGAAUUGUGUCCUUGUUCUUAAAGAGGUUCUUUCUUUGUUGAUCAACGCUGCUUAUAAACCUAGCCGUGUUCUUAGAGAAAUACAGCUGGAUGAAGAAGCUGCAUGGCAUGGAUAUGGAGAGACUUUGAAAGCAAAAUAUAAAGGAAAGAGCUAUCGAGCCACAGUGGAGGUUGUAAGAACAGCUGAUCGAGUUGCAGACUUCUGCAGGCAGACUUGCAUCAAACUGGAAUGCUGUCCAAAUCUCUUUGGCCCCCAAAUGGUGCUAGACAAAUGUUCCGAGAACUGCUCUGUUCUGACAAAAACCAAAUACACCCAUUAUUAUGGGAAGCGGAGAAACAAAAGGAUUGGCCGACCACCUAGUAUCCACAGCAACAUGGAGGCAAGCAUGAAGAAAGCAAAUAGGAAAAGAAAAAAACGGAAAAACUUCUUUGUUCAUAAGAAGAAGCGAUCUUCUACCUCUGUGGAUAAUACACCAGUGGGAUCACCCCAAGGAAGUGGAGGUGAAGAAGAGGAUGAUCAGGAUGAGGUAGAUGAAGAAUCUCUUACUGAAGACAGUACUUCUGAGCAUCAGGAGGAACUGCUUGAGGAGUCUGAAGUAUCAGAGAAGAAAUCACAGUCAUCUUCCCCAACACAGAGUGAGCAGUCUCAUUUUGGGGCUCCAGACCGGGACAAACGGAAAAGAAAACUACGGACUUUUUCUUUCUCAGAUGAUGAAAAUAAGCCACCUUCACCAAAGGAAAUAAAGAUAGAAGUUGAUGAAAAAUUACAGCUGGACAGCAAUCCUCUGGAAUGGAGUGUAGCAGAUGUUGUGCGGUUCCUUAAAUCUACAGAUUGUGCACCAUUAGCUAGAAUAUUUCUGGAUCAGGAAAUAGAUGGGCAGGCACUUCUCCUGCUCACUCUUCCCACCGUUCAGGAGUGCAUGGACUUGAAACUUGGCCCAGCCAUUAAACUUUGCCAUCACAUUGAAAGGGUUAAAUUUGCUUUCUACCAGCAGUUUGCCAACUAAAGCAGGAGGAGGAGGAGAAGCUGAACCUGAAAUUUUGAAGCACAACUGCAGUGACCUGCUCUUCCUUUAUCAGGAAGAACCAAGAAGGGUUAGAUGGAAACUGCUUAUGAACUGGCUUUACAGUUUUGCACUUUGAGUGGGAAAAUUACUUGGAGCAAAAUAUUAAUGCAAUCCUAACUAUCUUUGCAGCUGUCUUUUGGCUUAAGGAAGUAGUACUUUAAUCAUUCUGUACAUCAGGGCUUUUUUAUGAAUAAAGAUGAUUGAAAUAUCUUUUGAGGAGAAAAAAUUCCUCCAGUUGUGGUGUGGACAGAAAGAACUUACACCAUGUGGAAAGGAAUGCAGAAGAUGAGCAUCUCUUUACUGUUUGCUGAAUGACCGUCCUCCUUUUUUUUUCAUGGUAUUGAAGAUAACUUAAAUGAGUAGACUAGCUGUUUGCCAAGAUAAGUGGGGUGGCCAAAAGCUUGAAAACGAAAAUACAGCUUCUUUGUGAUCUUUAUUUUAGAGCCUGCUCUCUACCUCUGAAACCAAAAAAGGCUACAAGGCAAGUAAAAAGAAAAACCAUCAGCUGCAUUGUUUUUCUGAAGUUAAAUUAAGGAUGCCCCUCUUUUUCUACUGUCCUGGCAGAAUCAUAGCCUUGAGCAGCUGCUUGGUAGUCACAGACUGAAGACGUAGCACUCUUUAUUAUGGAGAACUCCUGAUAGUGAAGGCUGCGCCUGUCAUGUUGCUGGUAGAGAGGGAAAAUUUAGAAAUUGUGGAUGUUAAUAUGUGGCAUGUAGUAUGGUAAGCUAAAGUUGCACAGAAAUAUUGACACACCAUACCAGAAAUACAUUGAAAAUGUUUUUAGAAAAAUAUGUAACUUUUUAGGGAAAAUUACACGAUCUUCCCUUAUUCUUAUUUGCUUAAAAAACUGAACUUGCAUCCUCAGAAGAAAAAUGAAUUAAAAUGCAGAGCUCCUGCUAGCUCUCAAAUAAUUGAAUUUCUCCAGUUAAUUGUUCCAGUUUUGCAAAUGCACACAUGGACCUUUGCUUUCUGUCUUCUAAGUAUAUUCAGAAAGAGAAUUGUGGCAUAGUUUGCAUACCAUAUAUACACUUUAGGAGAUGGAGUUUUGUUUGCUUAAUGUACAGAGAAUUCAACUGAGUUCAUCAGCUUAUGCUGACCUAAUACAGAGAACUACUACCCACACCUGCAAUAACAAGCUGACACAUUAACAGUUUUUGAAUGGAAAACUAGGUUUUAUGGAAGCUAGAGAGGGAUCAGAGCAGCUUCUGCAUUUCUACCCAUUAUAUGCAUAAAUUAAAUUGUGGCUUCAGCCAGUGAAUAUUUGUUACUCACAAGUUGGGUCAAAGCAUUGGCGAUUUGCUGGUGAGUCACGAUGCAGGGCUUAUUGAAUACUUUUAGGAAGAGAGAGGAUGUGGUACCUUGAAAGAAAUUUCCUUAUAACGUAUCUAGCUAUAUGGGAUCCUAAAGUAAAGACAGAAUGAUUUCAUGCUUCAGGUUUCAGCCAAAGUAGGUUUAAUACAUAAAAUGUUAAGUAACUGAACAUGCGGGCCAAGUUUGCAAAUAGAUUUGUAUAUUGAAAUUAGUGCUAUUCAGAUGCUCCAUUAUUUAUAAGAACAUGCAUGUGUGUGAGAAUGUAAAUGCCUCUUUUUGGCAUCAGAAAGAAAUUGGUCUUUUUUUCCUUUUUUUUAUCAGGCUCAAUGUAACUCUUGCUCUGUUUAAUUAGCACCAAUUGGAUAUGUUCAUAUGUACAAACUUGUAUGUCCAAGAUUUUCAGGGUUUUUCAAGUAAAGCUUUCAUAUGCCAUACAUUGCUGUAAAUAAUAUUUUGAAUGCCAGUAAAAUAGAUGCUGGCUAUCUAGGUUGUAUUUAUAAGCUGAUAUUUUGGUCCUGCUCUAUCAUUUUGGUCUCAGUAGGAUCCAUUAAGGGUUUUUCAAAAAAAAAAAAAAAGAUGCUUUCCAUUACUUGUUACUUUGAAUGAGUCAUUUCUAUGCAACACAUGAGUAACUGAUAUACUUCAUUUCUUGAGGCAAUUCAAGCAUGUCUUGUGGGUUGGAGUUUAAAAGGUUUAACACCAUCUAUAAAACAUUCAUUACAUAAAUAGUUCUGAAAUAAUCUCUGAGUUUAGUAAAAUGUAACUUCAUCCAUAAAUCAUUCAUCUCUUUCCUAUUUAUUGCCCCAAUGAGUCAGCCAGUCUUAUCUGCCUUGCUACUGAUAGGACAUUCAAAGGUUGUUGGAAUAGUAAAGUUGAUUGAGGAAAGUCUGCAAAGUUAGAUAACAUUGUAUAUUUUUAUGAGUCCAGUGACAUUCUAGCUAGGAAAAUCCUAUUGGUUUCUGCAUUAACAUUUACCUAAAGCAGAGAGAGUGGAAAGGUAAACUUAGUUUUCAGAUCUUUGGAGGCUAGCUGCUGUAGAAAGAGUGUAUGAAAAAUAUAUUAGAAACUGGCAGUAAAAUAGAUCUUCUGAUUGGUGUCUUGAGAAACACUUUAAAAUUUGGGGAGAUAAAAAAAAGUCAGCCUAAACAUUUAGCCUAGUCUGAAAAGUCAAGCUACUUUUUUGAAGUUGAUGGCUAAUGUGCAAGAUACCCUUGCUCUAACUUGACUCUGUGUAGUUGCCAUUUUUAUGAUACGAUUUGGGAGAACAAAGGAAGGAAUCAAAUACUUCAUAUAGUUCCUGAAUUGAGCACACAAUUUUCCAAGGUACAGAGAUUUUUUUAUUUUUAGAAUUACAGGCCAAAGUUUAUCAGCUGAGAAGAGUUGAAUUACACAUGAAUAAAAGGUUUUUGCAAGAGAUUUUUGCCAAAAUGUGAAGUCUAAAGCCAGGAUAUCAGCCAUUUUAUUUCUUUCUGUAAAUAUUAUAACGCUGUAUGAGUUCACUCAAGGUGUACUGCCAAAUGUUGUUUUAGCAGAUAUAAAAUUCAACAUUUUAAAUGUAGGUCUUUAAAUGCCAUUUUCGGCUUUGCCUAAGAUAGUUGCCUACUGUGAAAAUUUUCAAAAUACCCAAUAUUUGCUAAGCACAAAAAACCUGACAUUGCCUGGAAACCUCAUGGGUGUAAAUUUGACUAUAUGCCAGGUGCUCAUGUUGGUAUUAAAGUUUCCCCAAAACAUCCAUGAAUGACCUUUAUAUUUGAAGGCAGCCUUAAGGGUAAGAGGUCAGAGUGGAUUUUGAAAGGACAAUACUUUUAAAACUUCAUUGUAUCUAUAAUUCAGUGGUAUUUGUUAUGUGUGCAGCGAUCUAACCCCCUUCCCAUAACUUAGAUUUGUAACAAAUGGAUUGUAUACUGAAGGCCAUGAAUGUGAAUUCUCUUUUAUAUCAUGUUUCAAAACCAUCGACACUGGAGAAGCACCAGAGUACAGUGUUUACAUUAGCACUUGCUUGUUAAAAAUUGGUUCUAACCUUUAUAUUGUUUUAAGCAAUUCUUAAAAGAAUUGUAAAAACUAACUUCCAUGCAGGAGAGGAAGUUGCUUUCUCCAGUUAAUAAAUGCAAAGUUCCAUUAUUUGUCCUGUGCAAAGCUAUAACCUGGAAUACCUAGACACUUCAUAGAAGUAGGACUGAUUUAAAAUAGGUGAUUUUUGUGUAUAAAAAUGUAUUCCUUUAGUUGCAAGCCCUAUGGAACCUUAUAUACUUUACUUAUCUUACUGAAGUUUUAUAUUCAUCAGCUUCUCCGGCUGCUACUUGUUUAAUUCUCACCUAUUGUGCACACAUUUUCUCUUCUGUUCUGAUUGUUCCCUUAAUGUUCAUAGACAAUCAAAAUCUCUUGAAAGAGUCUCUAAGGCAGGUACUGCCAGCAUAUUUCUUAGUUGUAAUAGCUCAUUGGACAUGCACUUUCCUGCUUUGCUCUAAAAAAAAUAAAUUAAAGAUGUAUAUUGUGUUGUCUUUUCUGCUUGCUGUAUUUUUACUUUAAUUAAUAUAUAUGUGUGUGUGGGUGUGAACUGAGGGUAAAAUUUUAAAAAGUAGAAGAUAUGCACAUAAAAUGUCUACUGAAGCACCUUCUUUGUUGCCUAGGUGCAUCAGGUAAAGGGUUUUAAAAUAUUUUAGGUUAUUUUGUUUGUUUUUCUGUAAAUGAAUGUAUAUAAUUUUGUGGUACUUCAUGACCGUUUUAAGUGGUUGUAAGAAAAUUAAAAAUACUUAAAUUGGUGCUAGUUUCCUUUGGUAUUGUUGCCUGCUUGAAGUCUUUCAUUACUAAAAAGCAGAUCUGAAAAUUCAUAGCAGUACAUGUGAAUUUCCAAAUAUUUUACAUUAAUUGUUUUUUUAAAAAAAACACAACUGCAGAUUCCAAAUCCUGAGGCUAACUGGCUAUUGUCACCUUAAGAACAGUUUUCCAAGAAACUUUUCCAUUUUAUUUUGGACACUUCAUCUUCAGUGGGAAAAAUGCUUACAUAUUCAAAAAGCUAAUACUGAUUAUUUCCAAUAUCCAAAAAUAAUACAGCAAAUUCUAGGGGUCCUUCUCUCUUUUUCUCCACUUCAUUUUUAAUCUGGUUAGAUUUUAUAGCACACACUACAGGUAGUCCUCAACUUACGACCAUUCA